AAAGAACCGUCUAGUACAGCUGAUUUCGUCCCCGCAGGUAGUUGCUGCAUGUAAUUCUCCCGACAGAAGCGUCAGGAUCCCAGACUGACUGCGGAGGGUAAACUCCCUGGGAAGCGAAUGAAGAAACUUCUAUUGCUUCACUUCACAUACAGAGGAUUAGUGAGAAAAGGAAAAAAGAGUAAAAGAAGAAAAUGGCUAACUUUAAACUACGGAAAGCUGAACCCAAAGACGUGCCUGACAUAUUGCGACUCAUAAAGGAACUUGCAAAAUAUGAAGAAAUGGAAGAUCAAGUUAUACUGACUGAGAAAGAUCUGCUUGAGGAUGGAUUCGGUGACCACCCGUUUUACCACUGUAUUGUGGCAGAGUUCACAGGGGAGCAGAUGAACAGCGUGCAUGUCUGUGUGCGCCCAGCUCCCACCGUGAUUGGUUUUGCUAUGUACUACUUCACCUAUGACCCCUGGAUUGGCAAGCUCCUUUACCUGGAGGACUUCUUUGUGAUGAAAGAGUACAGGGGGUUUGGCAUCGGAUCUGAAAUCUUGAAGCUCCUCAGUCAUACGGCGGUGAAAACUCGCUGCAGCAGCAUGCACUUCAUCGUUGCCGAGGACAACAAGGCGUCGAUAGAGUUCUACAAGCGUCGCGGUGCUGCCGACCUCUCUCUGGAGGAGGGCUGGAGGCUCUUUAGGAUCGACAAGGAGGGCCUCUACAAGAUGUCCUCCCCAGCAGAGGAGUGAGCUGGCCCCAGUUCCAGUGACCAGGAGUGGGGCAGGGACGGGGGGACAGGGGGCCCUGUCACAACCAGAGACAUGGCUGGAGAGUUUGGUCACCACAAACAAAUGGCUUGAUAAGACUGUGAAAUGAUUUGUGUAAUUUCCGUUGCAGUCACGGUUUGACACCUCCCCACCAGCGAUGUUGGCACAUGGGGUUUCCUACUUUGCUUGAAUUUGCUCAGUUUAGAAUGACGACAUUCAUCAUGAAGGGUGGAAUGAAACGCUCUGAGUCGGCUGUCUGGAGUCCAGCUAAUGUGUUGGCCAAAUUCUCCAUGCUCAUGAUUCUUGACAGGCACCACUUCCUGUCGAGGUUGGGAUCAGAGAUUACUAGCAGUAGAUUAGUAAUCUAGUGGGCAUUUAAUGUACUUGGUGAGCUAUAUCUGUUAAUUUUAGUCAGUUUAAGUUUUUGAAAAUGGAUGCUUAAUCCUGCAUAAUUCAAUUGUAUUUGUUCACUUUCCUUAUUGACUAAUAUAGGUAAAUCUUGUAAUGUGUAGUCUGCCUUUUAUCUAAAGUUGACAUUUGAGUGCUAAUAAAGGUUAAAUUGCA